AUGGAGGGAGAUUCCUGGGACUUUGCAUCCAAAAUGGAGGAGAUCCUGUCACUUGUGAAACAAAUGCAGAAUGCAGGAAAUGUGGAUCCAAGAAUUGAGGACCUAAUAACAAGGAUCAAUGAAUUACAGCAAGCCAAGAAGAUAAUAAGUGAGGAGCUUUGUGAGGCAAAUGAACAGAACGCUGCACUGCAGAGGGAACUGGAAAAACUGAAUGAAGAGGAGUUGAGGCUUGAAGAGAUACUGAAUGAAAAGAAAGCAGCCCGACAGAACAUGGAACGGCACUCUGAAGAGAGAGAGGCAGAGAUGAAGAGACAGCAGGAACUGAACCUGGAGAGUAAGCAGAGAAUUGAGGACCUGGAGGCCAAGAUUCAGGAGGAGAAACUGAAGCAAAGGAAACAGAGAAUGGAAUUUGAGCAGCGGCUUGAAGAGUUGAUGGAGAAGCACAAGAGCCUCUGGGAGUGUUAUGCAAGAAAGAAGCCGGUGACUGAGGCAGACAAAGAGCUUUUGCUGAUUGAAGAAAAACAGAUCCAAGACAAACUGGCCCGUGUGCAGGAUGAGUUGGAUUUGCUGAGGUGCUCACCCUUCAGUGAAGAGAGAAGGUUUCUCAAGAGCCCCGAGGCGGCUUGUGCCAUGGAACUGUUUCAAGAGGAAAAUAAGAAAGCAAAGGAGUAUCUGGAAGCAACCUCCAAGAAGCAUUCUGAUUUGCAGGAGAGAUGCAGAAGACUUAAAGCAGAGCUGGAAAACUUGGGGGUGCCCGAUGGGCCCCCCAAAGAAGACUAA